AUUACUGCAAGAGAAUAACUAGAAUUUGACCCCUCACCAAGCUAGAACAGGUCAACAAUUCCUGGCCCAGAGCCCCCGCAGCCACCUAAACGACCGUCCGCUUACCGACCGUUUAUCGUGCCAAUCAUCGUCCUGUCCAGACCCCUUCAUUGCAUCUCUCUUUUGGAGACCUCGUUCCUCCAUCUCUCUCUCUCUCUCUCUUCAUCAUCAUGCUAAUCCUCUCUUCCGUCUCCUUUCUUACCACCCUUUGGCUUUGUUCUCUGGGCCAUGCGUCGUGUCAAGAAGUCCCGUAACGGAUGCGCCAGAUGCAAGAGCAAGCGGGUCAAAUGCGGGGAGGAGAAGCCUCAUUGUAGUCGCUGCAUUCGUCUGGGUGUGAAAUGCCCUGGUUAUGUCCAGUCCCUGCGCUGGGUCACAAACCAGCCUCUAUCAGCUACCUCGGGAGAUUCGGGCCUAGGGACGUAUGCAAAUCAUAAUCCGACACCUCCGCUCAUUGCCAAUAUCGAAGAAUCCCCGCGGAAACUGAGUACAUCUUCUCUCCAUCCGCCCAAUAUCCCUGCAUCCGACUUCGUGGACCCGCGUAUUCAGUCUCCACUCGCUCCCUGUCUGGGGGAAAUCAACCCUCCCGACACUAACGCCUUAUGCGACAAUCUCUGGGAUCUCCAGCAGUCGGGCUCUCUGCCUGAGCUAGCUGAUCUAUGUCCUACGUCGCCAACUUCGCCCACGACUACCGCAAAUCACCCCCAGCCCGACAACACACCCACCGGGUUCGACUCACCAGCCAGUCAGGCAUCCGAUCCCCUAGCUUUCUUUUCAAUGCCCGCUCCUAUAUUCCAGAACCCGGCUCUAGACUUUCCGGGAUUCGCUCCGUCGACUAUUGUGCGCAAGUACCCGCCAUCAUCAUCUCCUCCCCAGCGUCCACCCCCACGCAACUUCACGUCGAUCCCCCAACCGCUGAACAACCCGUCGUGGACCCUAAUUGAGUAUUAUUUCAAGGAAGUCGCUGCUUUGUUCUCUAGCUAUGACAGCCAGUUGAACCCUUUUCGUACCACCGUCUCCCGUCUAUGGGGAUCAUCUCUCGCGAUGUGUCGCACUAUGCAGAGUAUGGCCGCGGCCACUCUGGUUAACGACUUUCCCCAGUUCGGCCCAAUGGGUAAAAAGAUGCGCAGUGAAGCCGUCGAGAUCAUCAGCAAAGAGACCACCAUGGACGACAAAUCCCUACUGGCUUUACUGAUGCUUGGUCAAAGCGCUAGUUGGCAUGACCCCAAGGAUCUGGGCAUUUCCUUCUUUAACCUUCUCCGACAUCACCUUGACAACACUGUUCCCGCACAAUCUGCUGGCCCUGGGGGCCGCAGCAACAACCACCAAUUUUUCGAAGAAGCCCUUGUUUAUUGGGAAAUGCUCCUUUCCUUCGUGGCUGAUGACUCCACAGUUCUUCCAGCGCCUCCAAAUCAAGCAAACAGACCCGAGCCCCUGGUGCUUCAACGCGUUCCGCAUCCAUGGACGGGGAUCGCCCGCAAUACGCAAUUUACGGUUCAAGAAGCUGGUCGCCUUGUGCGAACGGAACGGAAACGUAUCCUCUCUCGGAGAUUCACCUCCCAGGCAGAUAUCGGUCAAGCCCAGCAGGCCCUCGAAAAGGCGCGUGAGCUUGAAGAACGCCUCCUCUCCCUCGCGCACCCAACAGAAGCGGAAAUUGUCUCUCCAGGCGACGACGAAACCCCAGUCUGGCAUCUGCUGACCAUGGCUGAAAUCUAUCGCUGUACCGGCCUCCUACAGCUCUACCGUGCAUUCCCCGAUCUCCUUCAGCGGAGGUUACCCAUGCAAAAUCCCCAUCAUCUCCAGCAUUCUCCCGCCCAGCAACAACCUACCACCGCUACACAGGACCCUUUCCUCCCAUCUCAAUCCGACCCUACUCGGGAAAACAACGUGGACCCCUGGUUCUGUGACUCACCUUAUCUCCCUCCUAAUCCCACUCCAGUUGAUGAUUCAACAACAUCCAUCCCAGAUCCAGCCUACUAUGACCGUUGGCUAACCGAGUUCGCCCUAACUACCCUCUCUCGCCUCAAGACCAUCCCUCUCGAGUCCCGCACAAGAUGCCUCCAACCGCUCCUCCUCGUAGCGUCAAGCAGCGAGCUCCGCCUCCCACCACAGCCACCCGUUCCCUCCGACACAGACCUCGAGAACGCCCCGUGCAUCUCCUCCCACGCUCUGGAGGUCUCCCGUACCCGCCGCUUCAUCCUCGGCCGCUUAACGUCUUUCCAGCACGUGCUACCGCCGAAACCAAUCUGUGUCUGCUUACAGCUCGUCCAGGAGGUCUGGAAACGCAUGGACGCCGGAGACCCCGAUGUAUAUUGGAUGGACGUGAUGAUUGAAAAGGGAUGGGAGACGACGAUGGGCUAGUUCCCCUUUCCCCAGCCUUCUUUCUCAUCUUUACCCUAUGUUUUAUUCCCAUCGGCCCUUGGAUUCGUAUCCUGUAUCCAGUAUCUGGGGUCUUCUCUCGCGAAAAGCAAAAGCGGAUUUUAUUGCUAUGAUACCCUGGCCGUCUCUCCUACUUCCUCCUCCUCCUCUUCUUCUUCUUGGACGACAUUUCUGUAUAUAAUCUAUCUACCCUUAGGGUAGGAAAAUUAGGCUGAAAAUAGGCAAUAGUUACCACGCACCGGUGGGUUGAUUCGGUUCAUGCAUGAAUUAUGUUC